CCAGCAUUAGGUAACCAACAAAAGCCCGACAACACAUGGUGAGCGCGGCGCCCCAGCUCCUUCCUCUCCCCAGCCAGGGCUCUGGGCUCGCUGACGUCAUUUCCCGCGCGGGGGCCGCCGGGAAGCCGAGCCGCCCGCCCUUUCCCCACAGCCAUCGACAGACGGGAAGAGGAGGCCGCGGGCAGCCAAUCUCGCCGCAGUCGGUGAGUUGCGCGGAUAGCGGGAGCCCGGGGGAGGCUCGGCUGGCGGGGUGCGGGUGCCCGGUUUCCGCCGCUGCCAUAUUUGAGACAAGCUGUUCAGGUAUGGAAGCUGAAGAGACGAUGGGCUGCAUUCAGGAAUUCCCAGACCAUUACAAAGUUAUGAUGGACAGACUGAAUGAGCAACGGGAACUGGAUAAAUUUACAGAUAUCACACUGAUUGUAGAUGGCCAUCAGUUUAAAGCGCACAAAGCCGUUCUAGCAGCCUGCAGUCAUUUCUUCUACAAAUUCUUUCAGGAUUUCACUCAAGAGCCUUUGGUUGAAAUAGAAGGUGUCAGUAACACAGCAUUCCGCAAUCUGAUUGAAUUUACCUAUACUGCAAAGCUGAUGAUACAAGGUGAAGAGGAGGCUGGUGACAUCUGGAAGGCAGCAGAGUAUCUACAGAUGCAUGAGGCUAUCAAAGCACUUGAGUUCAGUAUGCAACUCUUUUGCAGGAGCAAAGAAAGCAUAGUAAUUGAAGCUAAAGCAGACGAUGAAGGGGAAGAAGAAGGAGAAGGGGAAAAUGAGGAAGCAGUAAAAGCCUGGAACGUAACCGAGAAUUCUGUCAUAUCGGAAGCUGUGCCCAUGUCAGAGGGGGAGCCUGUUGAAAUAGAGGUUGAAAUAACUGAAGGAGCAAUUGUAUUAGAUGAAAAUAUAGAGACCAUGGAAGAGGUGACUUCUGCAGAGCAGCCUGCCAAAUACAUCCAAAACACAGCCACAUCAGAUGACUCUGCCCUGGCUCUGUUGGCAGAUAUCACCAGCAAGUAUCGUCAAGACGAUCAAAGCGGUCAGAUGGAGGAAGAGAGUAACAAUGAAAGCGAUUCCACUAACAAACAGGUAGAAAGCGUCGAAGUUAUGGAGCUCCAUUUGUCGCGUGCCAACAGCUUGUUCCAUUGUGAGAAAUGUAACCGUACCUUUAAAUUGUUUCACCAUUUUAAGGAUCACAUGAAAUCACACUCCGCUGACACUUUCAGGUGUGAGAUAUGCAAUAAAAAGUACGUGCGCGAGAUUGCCUGGAAGCAGCACCUCACCUGUUACCAUGUUGAAGAAAGCAGUGUCAGCAAGAAGCCGAGGCCCAGCAAAAAAAUCCACGUUUGCCAGUAUUGCGAUAAGCAGUUUGAUCACUUUGGGCAUUUUAAGGAGCACCUACGCAAGCAUACAGGUGAAAAACCAUUUGAAUGUCCUAAUUGUCAUGAACGUUUUGCAAGGAAUAGUACACUGAAAUGCCACUUAUCAGCUUGUCAGUAUGGCGUUGGUGCCAAAAAGGGAAGAAAGAAGUUGUAUGAAUGUCAGGUUUGCAGCAGUGUUUUUAACAGUUGGGAACAGUUUAAAGACCACUUGGUGCUUCACACUGGGGAUAAACCAAACCAUUGCACAUUGUGUGAUUUGUGGUUCAUGCAAGGCACUGAACUUAGAAAACAUCUACACGAGGCGCACAACAUAGCAGAGAGGAUUGUGACAGAGGUGGUGCUUCCAUCUGAUGGUGGGGAGUCUGAACCUGUAACAUCAAUGACAUUUGUUGAACAAGUAGAACAAGUGCAUGUGCUUCCCGUAGACCAAGUUAUACAGGUGCAAGUAGACCCUCCACAUUUAACAGUGGGUCACCUGCAUCAAGAUCUGUUGGAAGUGAAUCAAGUGAAAGGAACACACAUUUUGGAUCUACAGGGACAGGUGCACAUGGGCCACAUUGAAGUGGAGCAUCUUCAAAUAGAUCCAGGCACGGAAGUUCACGUUGAGGAAGUGCAAGUUGAACACGUAAAUCAGAUACACAUGGAGGAGGUGGAGGCAGAACUUAUUGAUGAAUCCAGUAUACAGCAUAUGGAGCAUACCAUUGUAGAACAGAAUGAGUCUUGCCAACCAGAGGAAGCAGAACUUCAAAUUGUCCACACAGGUGGGGAAAGUAUACAGAUUAAACAAAUAGAAAUGACGCACUGAUGCAACAACAAAUUCGAGCAUUGAACUUGCAUGCUGCUGCAAAAAUAGGAACAAGGUCUUGAUUCAACAAAGUUAAAUAUUCUACCAGGUUAUUGUUUUACUUAAAAGGAGAUUACUUGUAUGGUGAAACGCCUCCAGUUCUUUUUGUGGGUACUUAUUGACUGAAAGAGGAGUAAAGCUGCACUUGUGAAACAUAUGGGUGUUUUUUUGGUUAGUUUUUUUUUUUUUUUGCUCACAUUAUAUCCGGUACAUAGCACUAAACAUGACCAAUUCUCU